AGCCAUGAUGAAGAUGAUUUCUUCUGUUACAGAUGUGGAGAAGGAGGACAUGUGUCUACUCAUUGUACAGCCCCUGAAGACAAGGCCAAAGUAAUUCAAAAACUGAUUCGUUCCCUAAAUAGACAAAAAAGAAACAAUGAGUCAAACAAACAGGACAAAACACCAUCAAACACCAACUGCUCUGUAAAAAGGAAUGCAGUAGACACCCGAGAAGCUACAGGCAUCCCAAAGGGACUAGUAGGAGAGGCAUCCCUCAGUAAAGUAAUCAUCGAAGGUCAGCCCACCAGUGCUCUGAUGGACAGUGGUUCUAGUGUUACAAUAAUAUUUGAAAGCUGGUACACUGACCAUUUGUCUCACUUGCCUCUCCAUACUAUUUCCAGCUUGGCCCUGUGGGUACUUAGUGAAUCUUGUUAUCCAUACAAGGGCUACAUAGCCAUGAAUGUUGAGUUCCUGGAGCAUGGUCCUCACACUGAGCCAAAGACAGUGCUAGCCCUGGUUUGCCCUGACCCUAAGGGUCCAGAUCAGGCUCCAGUAAUWAUGGGAACAAACGCCUGUAAUUUCCAUCAUCAGCCCAAGAUUCAAGAUGAGGUGGAAUGCUGUGGACUGGCUCAGUCAUGGCGAGUUUCUGUUAGCACACCAAAGACACUUAAACAGGAACCCCCACAAGGUCAGCUGGAUGAUAAUGUUUGCAACAUAAAAUGGAUGGGUCCUGGUCCUCUUAAGGUUCCCCCUGGUGGUUCAGCCCUGGCUACCUGUAAAGUCAUUGCAAAAGYGGGCUGGGAGCAAGCUAUGUUGGUGAUUGAGCCUCCUGAUCAGCCAUCUCUCCCAGAUGGAAUAAUGGUACCCUCAUGUGUUCUCUUACCAUCUGACAUGGACAUGAACCACUUCUCACUGGUGGUAAAAAAAAUGAGUCAGUAAAACCAAAAUCCAUCCCUA